UUGAUGCAUGCAAAGAAUGCAGUGCGGACUAGCCAUUCCAGCUGACGGUGGUCGAAUUAAACCGAGUUUGUUGUCCCUGAAUGACGAUAGCACGGCGCAUCGGCAGCUUUCGCGGGGAUAGGAUUUAUCGCGACAAUCAGGCGCUUUAUGCCGCGCCGAUUAGCUAGUUCCGCGUCUCGCUCUUUGUAGGGUGUUUAUCGCACUGAUAGCACAAUUGCUGCUCCACUUUUCUCUCGCUGUGGUCCCCGUGGAGCAAUCCGGUGCUGGUCUAUCGUAACAUCGCGAGUCAUGGCAAACUAUCGCCCACGAGGAGCCAUUGCGAAGGUGGUCUUCGAUCGCAUCCACAACGAUGAUGUUAUUCAGCAAGUCGACAUGACGACGUGGUAUACGAUGAGUAAACUGCCGCGUAAAUACGGCUGCGUGUACCACCCCAUGACCGGACCGGAUGCCCUUACGCUCGAGUGGUUGGACCGAUCGAAGAAGACGUCGGGUCGGUUCUGGCUUCAGCUGUGCCACGAGAUUGCGAAACUGUUUCUCAACAUGUUCAUGACGCAAACCGACGUCAAUGGCUUUCUGAAGCGCGGCUCGAUGUUCAUCCUGUCGGAGCUGCAGUUCGACGAGUUCCUAACGGCGGGUGGAUUUUUUCAGCACCGCGAAAGGCAAUCAAUGGUUAAUGUGUGCGACAUUGGCGCCGGAGAUGGUGAGGUGACCCAGCGAUUGGUGCGCACCCUGCAACAGAAAUCUACCUGGCUGGUAAACACAUACGCCACGGAAAGCAGCUGGACCAUGCGGAACCGUUUGAACGAAAAGAACUUUAUCGUUCUGGAGAGUUUGAAUCAAAUUCACCACGCCGAUCUCAUAGUUUGCUUUAAUGUGCUUGAUCGGUGCUUCGAUCCCCAUGUGAUGCUGAGCGAGAUCUAUGAGUCGCUGGAUCAGACGGGUUUCGCGUUGAUCGCGCUAGUGCUACCGUACAGCCAUUAUGUAGAGAAAAAUUCGAGCCACCUGCCCUUAAGGACACUGCUGGAACCGUGGCCUCCGACGAAACGGUUGACGGUCGAGGAGGAGCUGGAGAUGUUUUUCGAUGUGCUGCAAACGGUGGGGUUCAAAAUCAGGCUGUGGACGAAAGCACCGUACCUGUGCGAGGGAGACCUGCGCCAGUCGUUCUACUGGCUAACCGAUUACGUUGUACUGUGUUCAAAAUAAAUGUGCAACUACAUUCCCG